AUGAUAACUGAAGCCAAGGACGCGGUUGUUGGCCGCAAAAUAAAGACCACGCUCUUGUCCACAGAGUUUAAUUAUGAUGGAAAUUACGUAGAAUACUUUGGUUUGGAUCCUGGAAAAUCCAAGGGCUUACUCGGAAAUUUAACGAAACCGAUGACAAAAAUUUUCAUGGACAUUCGAGUCGUCAACGAGGUGAUGCAGCGGGUCGUCUAUAAGAUAGAGAAUUUCGACGGAUGUGCAUUUCUAAACAAUCGCGUGAUCUCUCGGAUAUUCUCCCGAUGGUACGAUGCUAUCGUGGGCAACACCACGCACUUCAAGUGUCCCGCUCGGCCGGGUAUCUACUACCUCGAAAACGGGUCUACUACGGGCUUGGUGUCGCCGUAUCUUCCGGCUGGGACCUUUCGCGUGUCUGUGCGAGUGAAACCGGUCUACGGCGGACCCUUUGCAGUUGAGAUCAUCUGGCGAUAUAUGAGGAAAUAAUUUUUUGUCGCAAUGAUAAUUGCUGCUAAAAUGCGCAGAAAAGGAACAAUUAAAGCAGUAAUGCAAAUACAGGUCUGAGAGGGUAUCAUAUUGUCUUAUAAGGACUGUAUCGUUCAAACUUGUUUAGUGGUUGUUUCUGACAUUUCGCUUCCAUCGGAACGUGUCCCCAAUUAAGUACAAAGUGGACUCAUCAACCCAU